GAUGUUAAAAGAUACGCUCACACAUGACUAAUGACAUAAUUGUUAAUACCACACUCGCUGUGCGAAGAAAGUCACCUUACAGUGUGUGUUAAGCUUACACAUUGAUUAGUAAUUUUCUGAGUAUAGCACAACAGUACUGUUCAUUUGAUUUUACUAUUUUAAACCUGUUAUUUUAAAAUAUUCAACUAUAACAAGUUAUAAAUUAAUUAAUUUUUCUGAGUAAUUUUCUUAUUCACAAUGAAAGCAGCUUAUUCCAUUUUCUUAUUUUUUCUUUUUAGUUUAUCUUUAAGAUAUACAAAUUGUCAAAAGCAAACAGGGAAAUGUAGAGCUCCAGAAAAAGCUCCUCAGAAUCUCGAAAAAAUCAUUAAUACUUGUCAAGAGGAAAUCAAAUCAGCUUUACUACAGGAAGCAUUAGAUAUUAUUAACAGUGGCGGAUCUUUAGAAGAAAAUUUAACGCCGAUACAAAACCGACCAAAACGAGAUACCGACAACGAAGAACUAUCUAAUGAAGAGCGGAGAGUUGCCGGGUGUUUGCUCCAGUGCGUUUACAAGAAAGUGAAAGCAGUCGAUGAUUCAGGAUUCCCAAUAGCUGAUGGAUUACUACAAUUAUACAAUGAGGGAGUUCAGGAUCGAAAUUAUUAUUUAGCUACAGUAAGUGCUGUUAGACAUUGUAUGUCUAUAGCUCAACAAUUAAAACAACUUCAACCAUCACAAAAAUUCGAUGAUGGACAAACUUGUGAUUUAGCUUACGAAAUGUUUGAAUGUGUCAGUGAAAAAAUUGAUGAAAGCUGUGGAAUCGGAAAUCAACAUGUUAGUUUAAGUCAACAUUUAGUUUAAGUUCCAAAAAUUUAUUUGAUACAUAAAAUAAAGGAAAAACUAAAUUUAUACACAUAUGUAGAGCAGAUAGUAUGAUCUUUAAAAAAUACAAGGUUUAUAAUAAUCACGCUAGUAUUUGCACCUGUAAAAAUGUUUUUAUGGAAAUAUGGAAGGUUUUUUCUAUUGUAUUUAUCAUUAUAAGAAUAUGUCAGUUAACUAUUAUAUAUGAUUUAUAUGUUAACCCAAAAAAUGAACAAAGGGUAUUAAUAUAUACCCUAUGUUCAUUUUUACAAAAUAUUAUUUUAUAUUGUAUGGAAAAAUUGAUCUUCUUAAACUUUAUGCCUAUUUAGAUUUUAAAUGUAAAAUAUGUAAGAUAAAUUAUUAUCAUAGUGUUAUAUUCUUAAAAAUAUUUUUGUUAAACAAUUUUUUAUUUCAUAAUAAAUGCAAAAUUAUACUAUUAUUACUAA